AUGUUCGACAGUGAUCGUGUUUACAAUACCCAAAACGAUCGUAUUUGGGCUGAAAAUUGCGAUGAAGCUAAUCAGAAAGAUGGUAUUCAUCAGAAAAAAAAAUUUCCUGUGAAAGUCAUGGUUUGGCUUGGUGUUUGUUCAAAAGGUGUAUCUCCAUUGGUGAACUUUGAACAAGGUACAGUCGACCAUGAUCGAUACAUUAAAGAGCUGCUUCCUGUGGCACUUAAAUAUGGAAAUCACGUCUUUGGCAAUGACUGGACAUUCCAACAAGACGGUGCUAGACCCUAUACUCAUCAUUUAACACAACAAUGGUGCCAUGAUAAUUUUCCAGUAUUUAUCGAAAAAGACCAUUGGCCACCUACUAGUCCUGACCUCAACCUAUUGGAUUACUGUAUUUGGAAUGAAUUUGUGAAGGUCAUCAACUGGAACAAAGUGACAUCUAAAGCAACAAUGAUCCAAGAAUUUAAAAAAGCUGUGAAAAAAAUUCGAAAAGAUGUUGUGUUUGAAAGUUGUAAUUCUUGGACGAAUAGAUUGUAUCACAUGUCACAAAAUAAUGGAGAUUAUUUAAGAUAA